UGAACUGGAGCGUCUGAGCAACCUAGUUGGUAAACCGUCUGAGAACCAUCCCCUGCACAAUAGCGGGCUGUUGAGCCUAGAUCCUGUUCAGGACAAAACACCUCUUUACAGCCAACUUCUUCAAGCCUACAAAUGGUCAAAUAAGCUCCCAAAGGAGUUGGAGGAGGAGAGGCCGAAGGGCAAAGCAAGAUUGCCAGUGCAGGGCCGUGGGCAGUUGCAGUACCAUGCUGGGCUAGCAUCUGGCCUUUUGAAUCAGCAGUCUUUGAAACGUUCAGCCAACCAGAUGGGAGUAUCUGCAAAACGCAGACCAAAAGCCCAGCCAACAACUCUAGUCUUACCUCCUCA